AUGGCCGCGCGCCCGCCACCCCCGUUAGCCGUCGCCAGCCGUGCGCGCCCGACCGGCGCUUCAGGCCGCGUCUUCCCAGCCUCCCGAUCCUCCACCCUCGCCUCAGGCCGCGCGUCCUCCUCCGGCCUGCCCCCCAGCGUCGGGCUCUCAGCCCCCCCAAGCCGCCCCCUCAGCCCUCGGGCCUCGAUCUCCCGGCCUCCCGGCCCGGCCUCCCUUCCCCAGCCAGCGGUUAGUUCCCGCGGCGGUUGGCCGGCGGCCCCAGUGACCUGCGCUGCGUCGCAUCCUCCGGCUGCUGUCCGGCAGCGGCUGUCCGGCGGCGGCGGCGGCGGCAGCAGCAGCGGGCGCGAGGCCGCCGAGGGCAGGGAGGUAGGAGGGGGCGGCGGCGGCAGCGGCGGGCGCAGCGCGGCCAGGCCGAGGCUCUCCGCGCGCGGCGCCGACCCCGCCCCCGCGCCUCCCGCCCGCCGCCGCCGCCGCCGGGGCCUCCGCCGCCCCCAGAAGCCGCGGGAAAAGUGCGCUCUGCUGAUUGGCUGCCGCCUCAAGUCGCCCGCGGACCGGGCUUUUCAAAUCCGCGCCGGGGCCGCGCGCGGAGAGCGGCAGGCGGCGGGCGACAGGGCGCGCGGAGUAAGCAGCGAUCCCGAGCGCGGGUAUAGGAGAGCCCGGCGCGCGCCCGCUCCGCUCGCCUCCCGCUCCCGCUCCCGCUCGUCAAGCGGCGCGCGGGCGGCGGCCAGCUCCGCAACCGCGGCGAGCCACGGCGCGGUGACGUCACGCCCGCCGCCCAAUCGCCGCGCGCGGCCCCGGAGCCCGGCGUGGGCGCGGACGCGGGCACACGGCCUCAGGCAGAUGAAGAGCGCGGGAGGCCACGGCCCCGCCCAGCGUCCGGGCCUCGAGCGCCAGAACCUGGCGGGAGCAGCUGGUGGCUCACAGGAGCCUGCCCGCCUCCCUGCGUGGACAGCUGGACACCGCGGCGCGGAGUAGUCUGCAGGCGGAGCGCGCGUCACUGAUAGCGUUCGCCGGGCGCUCUAGGUUCUGAGACGCCCGGUCGGGCGACCUGUCAACAACCCGGGAGAAUCGCUUGUCAAAGAUGAACCGCUUGGUGUCCUGGGAGGCGUCGGGAAGCAGAGUCUUCGGAGAUGCGUUGCUACGGGGGAUCAGAACGCAGCCCCGGCGGGUCCGGGUAGCUUGCGUGCUUGCGCGGAGCGCGUGCGCGUGGCGCAGAGUCGGAGAAGUGUGAUUAGAGACGGGAAAAGGGCGGUGGUCCUGGGAGAUCCGACUUGCCUUUUGCGAGUUAAGCCUCUAGCCUUUCAGGAGUCUGAGCCUUACCUCCUGGAGUUUUCUAGAUUAAGCCAGCCGCAGAAUGUUCUCAGCCCCCUGAGGACAGCUCCCAGAAGCAUCAGAGAGAGCGUGGGACUGAGGCAGGAUCCCUUUCGGUCAGCUGGCUGCUUGUUGCCCACUGCUCCCUGCUUGCCACCACUUCCUGUUAGGUUCAGUGAUGUCCAGACUCCAACUCUGUGCGCUGUUGUGGGACCAGACCCAUCCCUUUGCUGUAUUCCUAAGGAUACUUAACAGCCUACAGACCCCAACCCCCAAUCCUCAGGAAUGUUCCUAGUCUAGUGCUUUGGAUCGAAAGGGGUGAGAAAAAAAAAAACUUUCAAGCCCAGGCAUUGUCCAUGAAGACCUAAAACCCUGAGACUCUAAGUCCAGGAAAGGCCUGGGGGCAGGAUUGCAGAGAUGAGCUGGAAUAGACUCACCUGCUUGAUACUAUCGGACUAGCCAAAGACACUCUGGCUCCAGAAGGCUUUCCAUCCACAUACUAUGGUCACCUGUUUAGAUGCACUGGCAACCUUGGAGUUCUGAAACUAUCAGAGGAGAUUUUCAUAGAAGGAAGCCUUCGGCAAGCUGGUGGGACUCAAAUCCCAGGUGUGUCCUGAGCGGGACAGGACACAAACAGCAGCAGCACAGCUAACUCUUCUGUGGACUCUCCAAGCCUUCUCCCUUCUCUAAAGACUCCACAUUCAAGCUUUUUUUUCCCUACCUGGAGCCUGUAGUCAUGAACAACUCAGUCUGCUCUUCUGCUGUUCCAUGUAUCCCUGUCUGAAGUCCACUUGUCUGCCUGCUCCUCCAGGCCUCGUGGCACUUUGUGAAAGCUGCUGCCAAAGAUAGGCCUAGCCCCUUAGUCACAAAAAAAAAAAAAAAAAAAAAACAAAAACAA